GCAGGCGUCCUAUAAGUGAUCGAAACAAUUGACGAGACAUACAGAACAUAUAGCCAAGAAACAGCCUAAAGAACCCCAAUAAUGGCUGAUGAACCAUGGAGGGUGCCGAGCGCAGUGCAAGAGCUGGCGGCCAACGUGCAGGAGCCGCCGAGCCGGUACCUGGUGCCGGAGCAGGAACGCCUCGGCGACCAGCUGGCCGGGGCGGAGAUGCCGGAGCCCGUCCCGACCAUCGAUCUCCGCCGGCUGCUGGCGUCCGACGGCGGCGCCGGCGAGGAAGCCGCCAAGCUGCGCUCGGCGCUGCAGAGCUGGGGCUUCUUCCUGGUUACUGACCAUGGGAUCGAGGCCUCUCUGAUGGACGCCCUGAUAGCCGCGUCGCGGGAGUUCUUCCGGAAGCCGCUCCAGGAGAAGCAAGCGUACAGCAACCUGAUCGAAGGGAAGCAGUGGCAGCUAGAAGGGUACGGGAACGACCCGGUGAAAUCCCAGGAUCAGGUCCUCGACUGGUCCGACCGAUUGCACCUUCGUGUUGAGCCCGAAGACGAGAGGAACCUCGACCGCUGGCCCGGCCACCCUGAAUCUUUCAGGGGUCUGCUGCGCGAGUACACGCGGAGCUGCAAGCGAGUCAAGGACGGGAUCCUCCGGGCGAUGGCCAGGCUGCUGGAGCUCGACGACGACGGGUGCAUCCUGAACCAGUUCGGCGACAAGCAGGGCUCCACGAACGCCAGGUUCAACUACUACCCGGCCUGCCUGCUGCCCGACCUCGUGCUCGGCAUCCGGCCGCACUCCGACGUCUGCGUCCUCACGCUGCUCCUCAUGGACGAGCACGUCGCCGGCCUGCAGGUCCUCCGGGACGGCACCUGGUACGGCGUCCCGCCGCCGCCGGUGUGCGGCGGCCGCGCCUUGCUCGUCAACGUCGGCGUCUCCUUGGAGAUAAUGUCGAACGGGAUCUUCAGGGGGCCGGUGCACAGGGUGGUGACCAACUCGGAGAAGGAGAGGAUGUCGCUGGCCAUGUUCUACUCCGCGGACCUCGAGAAGGAGAUCGAGCCGAUAGCUGAGCUGUUGGAUGAGAAGCAGCAGCCGGCAAGGUACAGGAAGAUUAAGUUCGGGGACUUCGUGGCGACUCACUAUGAGUACUUCUCCAGGAGGGAAAGAGUUAUCGACUCGCUAAAGAUCCAGGGUUAAGGUGAUGCAUCUUUGGGUUAAUGUAUACUACUCCUCCGUUCAAAUUGUGUGUGUGGGCACUGGAGCGAGCAGAAUUGGUGGAGCAUUUGUAUAGCAUCCAAGAGACUGAUGCCCAUGCUUGGUGGGCAGAAGCUACGGAAACAAUACCGAUUACUGAUCUGAUUAGAGUUGCCGUAACCUUGUGGGCAAUCUGGUAUGUACGGAGGAAAGUGCUUCAUGAGAACUCGUUUCAAAGUCCGUUGUCCACACACUGUUUUAUUGAAAGGUAUAUAGCUGAACUUGACCUCAUCAAACCGGUUCAAGCAGCAGCUAGAGGACUAAAGCAGCAACAGCCUAGGUGGAUCCCUACACCAGAAGGUGUGACGAAGAUAAAUGUGGACGCAGCUCUCUCUAAAAAUACUGGUAGAGCAGUCGCUGCGGCAAUAGCGAGGGAUGGAGUAGGAAAUUUUCAAGGAGCAUCAGUGCUGAUUAUCCAGGGCAUUACAGACUCGGAAUCGAUGGAGGCAAUAGCUUGCAGGGAGGGACUUGCUCUUUCUAGCGACCUUGCAGUCAGAAGGUUCAUAUUAUCUUGCGAUAACUUCAAUGUGGUGAGGAACAUCAAGGGCGGGAGCACGGGAGCCUAUGGACACAUUGUCCAGGAGAUCAAUGCCAGUGCCGGAGCUUUUGUUUCUUCAGAAUUUGUUCAUGAAGGUCGAGCUUCUAAUGUAGACGCUCAUGUUUUAGCUAGAAGUUCAGUCUAUUGUGAGAUAGGUAGAAAGGUGUGGUUGCUGUCACCGCUUGAAGGCAUUUGUAAUUCUAUCUCUAGAGUCAUCAAUCAAUAAAGUUUGGUGAUUCCCCUAAAAAAA